GAGUAUGUUCUUUUCAACUUAUUGUGUUCUUUCUUUCAGCUCAUUUAAGUUUUGAGCAUCAGUGUUACAUAAUUUGCCUUUUGUUCGCGAUUCACUCAAUUUGGCUCAAAAUAGCCCAAAACUGACUAUAAUGCGUUUUUUGCAAUUUGCGAUUUGCAAGAAGAUUAGUGAAUCAUGUGACACUAUACAGGCCCUAACACACCCAAGUCCCAACUUUCACAUCCCAAAUGAUGAAAGAGGUCAGAGAAAAUUAAUUGGACUUGUUUCGGUAUUUUAAGGGAGUUGUAGGAAACCAUAGUGAUUGUUCUUGAAAUUUUGUACUGAAGUGAAGUCUGUUGGUGUUUUGUCUUGGAAACAAAAAUCUGUUCUGUUCCUGUUAUGCAAUGGAGUAUGAUUUAUUUGUACUGCAUUAGAUCUGAAUUUCUUUGUGAAAUGUAUGAUCAUCUAGAUGACUCCUUUAUCUGAGACAUUCAGGUUUUUGACGAAAAUUCUGACGAUGAUAGGCCAAUGUCGGCUGGGUGUGAAGGCGCACAUUCUCUUCCUACAAAUGAUUCAAGGCGCUGUUCUUCUGGGUCCUCUGAUCAUUAUAAUGAGAGUGUAGAGACUAUUAAGACGGAGUACAAUAUAGAUGAGCCCGUACAAUCAGAUCUCACAGUAGCUGUGCCUGUGAAAGAGCAAGACUUGCCUUUCGUAAAAGGCUCCAUUAUUUGGCUAACUGUUGAAAACAUGGAGGUUUUGAAGCGAUUGCCUCAAAAUCCUCAUUUCCGUCCAUUGUACGACUGCAAGGAAGAUUUUCGUGAAGGAUUUGCUAUAGGCAAGCUGGUAAACUUUGCCAAUUUAGUAGAGAGGAUAUCCAAGGCUUGUUUUUACUCACCCAAAAGCCUCUUGGCUAGGUAUCUAGAGUAUCUCGCUGUGUUUGAAGAGUUCGGUUUUGAUGUAGAACCAAUAAGAGAGAAAUUAAAUACAAUGAUAUCCAUAAAGGUUAAGUUCGAACGAGCUCAAUAUACAUGUAGAGAUAUUGAGAGUCAGAUCAUGGAGCGCAACCUUGAGAAGUCAACGAUCAACGAGGAGUUAGAAGAGGCAGAUAAGAAGAUAUGGGAGCUGUUGUUUGAGAGGAAAAAGAAAGAGGCGGAGAUUAUCUCACUUCAAACACAUAUUGGUGCCAUCAAACAUAUCCUUGAAGCCACCCAAAAGGAGUUUGAGAAAGUAGCAAACUUGAUUUUCUAAUUGUAUUUACUUGUAUACAGGUCUUCAAAACUUCUACGUGUAUAUAGCAUGAGCAGGUUUCAGAUUAGUUUUAGGAAUUGGGGAGAGAGCCUCGCCUAUCUCUUAUAGAAAAACACGCGAACAAGCAAGGUUACUGAACGUUAAAAUUGCUUGGUGCUGCUGCAACAAUGAGGCAGUUGUGAUAGGAUGUUAAUAGAGCUGUCCAGGAAUAUUGAAUGGGUUGAGGAAUGCUAUUCAAUUGGUGCAGAGUUUGCUUUAGAAUCUUGUGUUCAAGCUUAACUGAUGGCUGUCACAGAGAAUCAUGUAUUCCUUCUGGUUGCUGAUUUCUGCUUGUCUAUGCAUCAUGUGAUCAUUUCAAUGGCAAGUAGCUCUGCUUAGUUGAGUUCGGAUGGCAAAUAUAGUUUGUAAAGAAUUAAUGAACCAUUUGAUUAGUCUAUUCUAAUUUGAA